AUGGGAAUAAUAUCCAAAGUGGAAACAAGCAAAUGGGCCACACCCAUAGUUCCCGUACUCAAGAAAAACGGAAGAGUGAGAAUGUGCGGAGACUUUAAGCUCACAGGUAAUCCCCAGCUUGCAGUGGACCAGUAYCCGUUACCCAGGAUAGAAGAUGUGUUCGCAUCUUUAGCAGAUGGAGAAAAGCUCACAAAGAUCGAUUUGAGGCAAGCCUACCUACACAUGGAGAUGGAAGAAAACUCAAAGAAGUAUUUAACUGUGAAUACGCACAAGGGUCUAUACCAGUUCAACCGGAUGUUGUUUGGAAUCGCGUCUGCAUCAGCAAUAUGGCAUAGGAGUAUGGAACAGAUUCUGCAAGGAAUACCAUCAGCCCAAUGCAUCCUAGAUGACAUGAUAAWAACUGAUGAGGUCGAAUACUGUGGACACAAGAUAGACAAGCACGGUAUACACAAGACAGAAGAAAAGAUUAAAGCAGUGCGUGAUACCUCAACACCCAAGAACGUAACUCAGCUUCGUGCAUUCAUUGGCCUCGUGAAUUAUUACCACAAAUUCCUACCAGACCUAGCCUCGGUAAUGAGACCACUCCACCAGCUACUGGAGCAUGGUAAAACAUGUGACGAAGCCCUCGAGAAGGUAAAAGAGAUGGUCACGUCAGAUUUGGUAUUGUGUCAUGAUUCCAAGAAGCCUAUCCGCUUAGCAUGCGACGCGUUACCGUAUGGAGUCGGCGAAGUUUCUGUCCCAUAUCAUCGAUGGACAAGAAAGACCAAUAGCAUUCGCUUCUCGCACCUUAACGAAAGCAGAGAGAAACUACUCUCAAAUUAA